CUGCAGUAGUAGUGCAACAUCGAUGAAAUGAAGAUAAUUUCCAUGAUCAGCUUCUUGGUUACUUUCUCCCUGCUGGCAAUAGCGUUGUUCAUUGUUUUCGUUUCAAUAGUAGAACUAGAACCCGAUGGGCAUUUACAUGGCGGCGUGGAAUAUGACGUCCGUGUGGUAAAUGGCUUCACAAGCAACUCGUCGCUGCCUUUGGUGAUAUGGUGCGCGUCCGAAGACAGUGAUCUCGGAGGACGUGCCCUUCAAGAGCACGACGACUUCGGGUGGAGGGUCAGGACCAACUACUUCUGGAGCGCCAGUACUCAUUUCUCUUGCACUAUCAAAUGGGACCAAAAGAGGAAGAGUUUCGACGCCUUUAAGGUUCCCAGGGAUUCUUACCGCUGCGGCCCCCUUAGGAAGUGCUUGUGGUUGCUCAAAGAGGACGGCUUUUACUUCAGCAAUGAUGAUGUCAACUGGACAAAAGACUUCUCAUGGUAGUUUUUGAGGAACACCAAAUUAAUAAAUUAAAGGUUAUGUUUUAUCAGCUAGCUUUCACUCAAUUUUACCACAUUUUUUUUUUCUUUUUAACGUUGUAUUAAUCAUAUAAUAAAGGACUAAUUGAAAGACUUUUCUGCACGCCAUCGUUGUAACCAAUUAAUUAAAGGAUAUGAUAUGAUAUUCAAUAUAACAGGCUAGGAUGCUCGAGGGCAUGUGUACAGCUAGCGCACGAUCGAGGGGAUGAUCCGCACAAUCUUUUCUGUCAGACCUUGAUGAUCAUGUGGAUCUAUGCAAUUCAAUCCUGGUGAUAAAAAAAAAAAAGAACAAAAAAUGAAGAAGAACAAAAAAGUAUGUACAGCUAUCUUCUAGUUUCUUAAGCGUCUAGGAUUAGAAAAUUUUGAUCAGAUUUGGAAAAAUAUCAAAGGAUACCACGUGUAUAGCUCUGCAUUGUAAUUAUUGGGUACCCAGCACCGAUGGGGUAA